AUGGGGAACAAAGACAUCAGGAUCCUAUGCUAUGGCGAUGAUGCUGUUCUGAUUGCAGAAAACGAAGAUGGCCUACAGAGAUUACUAUUCAAAUUCAACACAACGGCAAAAAGUUUAAAAAUGAAGAUAUCUGCAGCAAAAAUUAAAUGCAUGAUCACCUCAAAAACACCUAUCAGAUGCAAACUGGUUGUAGAUGAUGAAAUUAUACAACAAGAGAUGAAAUUUAAAUAUCCAGGCCCAGACAUAUCUGGAUCCGGUGAUAUCGGAGUAGAGGAGACAAAGAGAACCGAGGAACUUAGAAGAACAUGUAAGAUUGACAACGUGAACGAAUGGAUAUUGGAAAGAAAAAGAAAGUGGAACGAACGAAUGGUCAAAAUAGCUAGAGCAUUAGACGAGAGCACCGAUUUGUCUGACACAGCUCAACUGGCUAUAUUUAUUCGAGGUAUUGAUAAGGAGUUCACUGUUACUGAGGAAUUGCUAUCUUUACAGCCGCUAAAAGCAACCACUACAGGAGAGGAUAUUUUUAAUGAAGUUCAAAAGGUAUUCACAAAUUUUGGCCUGCCAUGGUCAAAAUUAAAUGGAGUAUGCACUGAUGGUGCACCUUCUAUGGUCGUCUUACGAAAAGGUUUCAUCGGAAUUUUGAAUGAAAAAGCAACAGAAUUAAAUGUGCAAAAAGAUGAUUUGAUAGUCCUUCAUUGCAUUAUCCACCAACAGAACUUGUGUUCUAAGUCCAUUCGACUCCACAAUGUAAUGAAUGUAGUAGUAAAAACCAUCAAUUUUAUUCGAUCCCGAGGGCUUAACCAUCGUCAGUUCAAGACGUUUUUGGAUGAAAUAUCAGCUGAAUAUAACGACGUAACAUAUUAUUGUGGAAUCAGGUGGAUGAGCAAAGGAAAAAUGUUGAAACGGUUUUACGAGCUUAGAAAUGAGAUAGCAGACUUUAUAAAAAUAAAAGAUAAGCCACUAUCUGAAUUGAGUGACCCAAAAUGGAUAUGUGAUUUAGCAUUUCUGGUCGACCUUACAGGUUAUUUGAAUGAUUUAAAUUUGAAACUUCAAAAACAAGGACAGUUAGUAAAUGAUUUGGACAACCAUUUGAAAGCGUUUCAGAUCAAACUACGCUUGUGGGAGUAA